UAACUGUCAAAUGUCAAUCGGAAAUCAGAAUAAACUUUUUUUGAGAUUAAUUAUUGCUGACCUCACUCUAUCAAAUUUAAGAGUAGUUGGCCCGAAGUGUAGCUAAUAAAUUUACUAAUAAUUUAUAUUAGAUUAUACAAAAAUAACUUAUUGUAAAAAAUAAAACAGUAACAAGUGUUUGGUUUCCUUUAGUUUCUCAGGAGAGUAAAAAUUUUUUCAUUGGUUUUAUACCCUAUUUAAUUACACGAUAAAAAAAUAUAUAAAUAUACUUACAUUAUCACUAAGAAUUUGUGUAAAUUGUGCAAGUGAUAAAUAUAUCCAUGGCGGGAUAUUUCGAAGAAAUGGGGUGGCGGGAACUGCAGGACGGUGAGCAACCUAACCAUUUGCUGCAUAUGGCGAGAUUCCUUUUAGACUUUGGAUUCCACGGAGAAAAUGCCAACGGAGAAUGGCCUAAGUUGCCACCACCAGCAUCUAGAGAAGCUGUUGGCCAGAUACCCGAAGUAACAAUUGACUCCAAUGAUAAGAGUUGUCCGAUAUGCUUAAAGAAAUUCCAAGUUGGAGACAAAGGAAAACAAAUGCCUUGCCAUCAUAUCUUUCACACAACAUGUAUAUUGACUUGGUUGGAGCGAACAAAUUCCUGCCCAUUUUGUAGGUAUGAAUUACCAACUGAUAAUGAAGGUUAUGAAGCUUUCAAAAAAGAGAAAAAGCGUGCUGAACAACGGAAAGAAGAAAUAGAGAUACUUCAUAAUUCUAUGUUCAGUUAAAUGUAUAUUUCUUAUAUCAUGUAUAGUUAUGGUAUUUAUGUUCAUUCCAAUUAUGAAUGUUAACUCUGGAGUCUGGAUACUUUCAUGUGGUCAUUUCUUAACAUCUUAUAAUAAUCCAGUUUGAUAUUGAUUAUUUUUUAAUUACUUUAAAAUAGAAAAAAAAUCAGCAUGAUUUUUGUGCUUGUCUUAGAGCAAAUUUCUUGUACAGAAGGUGAUUUACGGUAUGUAAUUAAAAUAGAAAACGUUCUAUAGCAUAUUAUAUUGUAAUAUUGUAAAUAUGGAUUUUGGGUUAUGAAAAUAAAAUAAUUUAUGUACACUA